CUUCUACUUGUAUAUUGACCACAUAUAUUUCAUCUCACUCAAAGUUGUUCCAUCUCCAAAACUCCAAAGGAGUAAGAUGGCCAGAGCUAGAACACCUCCUAAACUACUCUUAGCACUGCUCUACAUAUUAAUCUGUGCAGCUUAUGUUAUACAAGGAUCCAGAACUGAAGUAGCAGCACUCCAAAACCAUCAAAGGGUUCAUGGUUCCUCUCCUUCAAAAGGAGAGCAGCUUAAGCAGGGUAGUGAGAAAAAUAAGAACUAUGCAAGGAGACUGAUGAUUGGAUCCACAGCACCAACCUGUACUUAUAAUGAAUGCAGAGGAUGCAAGUACAAGUGCAGAGCUGAGCAAGUCCCAGUAGAAGGAAAUGACCCUAUCAAUAGUGCUUACCACUACAGAUGUGUGUGUCAUAGGUAAACAACCACAUUUAUUGUGAGAGUUUCAGUUGAGGAUUGAGUCUGUUUUCCAAUUGGAAUGGAAAUCAUGCUAGCAGUGGCACAAUCAUGCAAGUAAAUUAUUUAGUCCCAUGUUUGCUGUUAUAGCAAUAUUAAGUUCAAAGGGUGUUAAUGUAGUGUUUUAUUUUUGAAUGCUGAAAGCUAGCUGCAUCAAUUUUUGGUGAAAUGUACCCAUUUUGUUUCAUUACAAGUUCGAGAGUAUAUCUUUAUGUUUCUGU